AUGAACUGGAAGCAGCACAACUUCGAUGGCUUCCAGGGACUGAAGGCAGGGAUCACGGCCAAGACCUUCUUGGAAGCACUGCAGAGGACUUUUGGGGACUCCAAUGCGGAACAAGUUGCCGCCACCCGACUCAUGGCCCUGCACCAAAACAAACGGUCCUUUGCAGACUACAUCUCCGACUUUGUGAUGUUGGCCGCGGAUGCGGGAUACAAUGUGGUCGACACCACCAAUGACAAGGGCGAAUACAAGAAGGGGGACCAAGACAAGAUCCUCAUUGAGUUCCUGGAGCGCGGACUCAGCAGCAAGAUUGCCAGUCGCCUCUACAACAUGGGUGUCCCUCUGCCCAAGGCCUAUGGAGCGUUCAAAGCCUGGUGCAUCAACAUCGAAGCCAAUGCUCUGCAUGACCAGCUACGCAAGGCAUCCUACGGGCAUCCCACAACACAACCACCUCCCCAAUUCCGCCCGCAGGCGGCUCCAACAAUGCCUACACCUGCUCCGGCACGACCCGCCACCAAUGAACCAGUUCCAAUGGAAAUUGACCGCACCAACGCCCGCGGCUGCAACAUCAUCUGCUACAACUGUCAGCAGCCUGGGCAUAUCGCGCAAAACUGCCCGGAGCCAAGGAAGAAGCGCACAUUCUUCAAUCGGGCCACAAUUCUAGAAGAGAUCAAGAACGGGGACAAGGACAACGAGUUCCUCAAGGAGAUUGCCAAGAAGCUGCGCAAGAAGGAUGCCGUCCAGAGGAAAUUGGUGGCCAAGAAGCAGAAGGGCCCCCAGCCCAGCAGAUUGGCACAGGAAUUGCGCAACUACCAGGCCAAAAGGAAGAGGCAUUUGAUGGACGUAUAUGUCCAGAUCAUGGGCCUGGACUUGGGAAAGACACGCGGAGUAAAGGCGCUGCUUGAUAGUGGCUGCAGUACCUGUUGCAUUGAUACCGACUACGCGCGGGCAGAGAAGUUGGAUAUCCAGGAACUCCCGCAGCCCAUUCUAGCUUGCAAUGCCGACAACACCGAAAACAUCAACGGUCGGAUCACACAUUACGUCGACCUGAGGAUGAGAAUUGGUCCUCAUGUGGAGACAUGCACGUUCCUUCUGACAUGUCUAGGGAAAGCUCGGAUCUUCAUCGGCCUGGAUUGGCUGAUGGAACACAACCCCGAGGUGGACUGGCGGGAGCAGACAAUGAGAUUCAGCCAAUGCCCGGAGCAGUGUCAAAUGAGGGCACACGAAUCCACCAUUUCGUACCGAUUCCCAUUGUCGUCUGGGAGUCCAUCCCCUCCCCCCAUCGUACCAUCGUCGCCCGAUCUGGCGCAUCAAAACCAACCCGGGCCCUCCGACCCCUACCUCGCCCUCCCACCGCCUGAAGACGAGAUCCCCGACCUCGACGAACUGCCCUCCGAACAACCACCCUUGCCUCCACCUCACACGCCUGCCCCUACCAUGUCAGGGCAUCACCGCAUCACCCUCGCCGCCAACCCCCCCUACUUCGAUGGCGACAAAUCCAAAUACCUGGGCUUUGUGGACGCGUGCACCACUUACAUCGGUGCCUAUCGAUCGGAGUUCUCACAAGAUGAGACCAAAAUCCUCUUUGUCCUCUCCUACCUCCGUAACGAGAACGGCACGAGCUGCGCUGCCUCGAGAUGGGCGAUGAACUGGAAGCAGCACAACUUCGAUGGCUUCCAGGGACUGAAGGCAGGAGUCACAUCAAAGAACUUCCUGGAGGAGUUUCAGAGGGCGUUCGGUGACUCCAAUGCGGAACAAGUCGCCGCUGCUCGGCUUAUGGCCCUGCGUCAAAACAAACGGUCCUUCGCGGACUACAUCUCCGACUUUGAGAUGUUGGCCGCGGAUGCAGGCUACAAUGUGGUUGACACCACCGACGACAAAGGCGAAUACAAGAAGGGGGACCAGGAUAAUAUCCUCAUCGAGUUCCUGGAGCGCGGACUCAGCAGCGAGAUCGCCAGCCGUCUCUACAACACCGGUGUCCCUCUGCCCAAGGCCUAUGGAGCGUUCAAAGCCUGGUGCAUCAACAUCGAAGCCAAUGCUCUGCGUGACCAGCUGCGCAAAGCGUCGUAUGGGCACCCCACACAACGACCAUCUCCCCAGUUCCGUCCCCAAACGGCACCAGUGGCGCCCACACCCGCUCCGGCCCGACCCGCUGCCAACGAACCGGUUCCGAUGGAAAUCGAUUGUACCCACGCCCGCGGCCGCAAUAUCAUCUGCUACAACUGUCAGCAGCCCGGGCACAUUGCGCGGAACUGCCCGGAGCCCAAGAAGAAGCGCACGUUCUUCAAUCGGGCCACAAUGCUGGAAGAAAUCGAGAACGGGGACAAGGACAACAAGUUCCUGAAGGAGAUUGCCGAGAAGCUGCGCGAGAAGGGUUUUUGA